CAUCGAAUCUAAGUGAUCGCAGAUCGCCCAUACAGGGAUGUACAUCGACCCUCAUGCUUUACUCAUUGGGAACCUCGCGAAAGGUACCCUCAACCAGACACUGACCUUGCCGUGGUCGAGGACGGUCAGGCUUAUGGAGUGACCACUUACGCUAUAACGGCGCCGACUAUUUUUGGUCUUGGAAGUGGGCCAUUUAACUGUUCAUCUUUCCAGCUUCUGAUUUAGACCGCAGGUGCAUGCAGUGUCGUUUAUGGGUACACUCUAAAACCACGUCCAUAUCGAGGAUCUGGCGGCCUGCAUCGCUUUCCUGCGCGAUAUUUGCGGAAACCCCGUGAUCUGGAUCUAUUCUGUGAGAAUGGCGAGCACUCGCAUCUCAAAUCACGGAACACCCGGCUGAAAUCGAUCACAAGUUAGGGUCUUUCACAUCUAGUGAGGUGAUGAGGAUCACUGUUCAAGAGACCGGCAACAAGUGGGCUUUGGGCAACACUUCUAGUGUUGGGCUGGAUUUUGCGUCAAAAUCGUCUCUCUGUAUUAGCUUUAACUCUGCUGACAGCCCAUUCUCUCCGACUAGUUCCCGUACCAAUCUGUCUCGCUGACAAGCUAGGAUGGAUAGCCUCGUAUGCUGGAGAAUUGAGGGUAACUUCCGCACUAAGUUGGAUGAAUGCAUCAGGAAUCCUUCCUCUGGGCGAGAGAUCCCUAA